CCUGGCAAGCACACCCACAGAGCCUGAGAGAGACCCCCGCCUCCUCUGUCUCUCUCCCCCCUCCGGGCCGGGAAUGGAACAUGGCGCUGGCAGCAGCAGGAGGAUGCGGCGGAGGAGCGGAACGUACAGGACAAUAAGAGGCAGCGGAGGAGGAGGGGGGCACGCACAGUCGCUCCAUGUUCAUGGAGAAUAAAGGCCCAGUGCCGGCACCUGAGCGUCAGGACUUCUCGCCUCCCCCCAGCACUGCAGCAAAAUGUUGAUAGUUGAGAAGACAACAGACUACCCUUCCACGGAGUACUCUCUAGUGGAAGAUGUGGCUCUCCACUUCACAUGUCUCAUGGACAGACUCAACGAGCAGCGCCUGUUUCAGCCCGACCUCUGCGAUGUUGACAUUGUCCUGGUCCAGCAGAAGAGCACUUUCCCCGCUCAUAAAGGGGUCCUCGCUGCCUACAGUCAGUUCUUCCACUCCCUCUUCACCCAGAACAAGCAGCUCCAAAGAGUGGAACUGUCCUUGGAAGCCCUGACGUCUCGAGGCUUCCAGCAGAUCCUCAACUUCAUCUACACCUCCAAGCUGUUGGUCAACGGCUGCAACGUGCAGGACGUCCUCAACGCGGCGGCGGUGCUGCAAAUGAACGAAAUCGUUACGUCAUGUCAGGAGUUGAUCCACAGCAGGUCCUUAAACCUGUCCAUGGCCAAUGAUAUUCUAGAAGCAGAGGACACUAGGAAUGAUACUCCCACUGUAAUGCCACCGCAGUUCUACAGGGAGAUCAAGCAGGAGGUGGAUGCACCUCCAACUAAAAUUUAUGCACGGGAAGGGAAUGACCCUUACUCGGUCAGAGUAGAGGACAGUGUAACCAAAGGGCAUCUUCCCAACACAUCGUCACCCAAGCAGUAUUUCAAAGAUGAGGAGAGGAGUGGACAGAGGGUUUGUAAAAUCGAAGGAGGAGACUCUGAAGAGGACAUUGAAAGCCAAGAGUCCUUCAACAGGGAGCAGAUAAUAGUAGAGGUCAAUUUGAAUAACCAGACACUAAAUGUCUCCAAGGGGACAGACGGAAAAGGUUCCUCAGAGCCGGUAACGGUCCUAGAUCGAUCGGAUGGAGACGACCGAGGCUCUGAGGAGGAUGGAGACGAUGAGAACGAGGAGGAGGAAGGUGGGCUGGAGGAAGAAGAUGACUUUUUAGACAUGUUGGAGGAUGAAGAAGACGAAGGCAUGCAGAGCGAUGAUGACAACGAGGAAUCGCGGGAGGAGGACAGGGACAAUGAUGAGACGGAGGAGAUUGCCAAGGAUGAAAACUCCGCUGAGGAGGAAAGCCCAUCCCCUAGCGACGACAAGGCCACCAAGCUGACGAAAGGUUCCAAAGGAACUCGAAAUCAAAGGGGAGCAGGAGGCAGUGGGAGGAGGAAAAAGAAAGGAGGACAGGAUGGGGUGGGCCAGAAAGGCAAAUUUGAAGAGAAGCAGAACUUCCCGUGUAAGAAGUGCCCUAGGGUGUUCAACAAUAGGUGGUACCUGGAGAAGCACAUGAACGUCACCCACAGCCGGAUGCGGAUUUGUGAUAAAUGUGGCAAACGGUUCCUGCUGGAGAGUGAAUUGAUGCUGCAUCACCAGACGGACUGUGAAAAGAACAUUCAGUGCUUAACGUGCGGGAAGACCUUCAAGAAGCUGUGGUCGCUGCACGAGCAUAACAAGAUAGUGCACGGCUACGCCGAGAAGAAGUUCUCCUGCGACAUCUGCGAGAAGAAGUUCUACACCAUGGCCCACGUCCGAAAGCAUCUGGUCGCGCACACAAAGGAUAUGCCUUUCACCUGCGAGACCUGCGGCAAGUCGUUCAAGCGCAGCAUGUCCCUCAAGGUCCACUCACUCCAGCACUCUGGGGAGAAACCAUUCAAGUGUGAGAACUGCCACGAGCGCUUUCAGUACAAGUACCAGCUGCGCUCCCACAUGAGCAUCCACAUCGGGCACAAGCAGUUCAUGUGUCAGUGGUGCGGCAAGGACUUUAACAUGAAGCAGUAUUUUGACGAACACAUGAAGACCCAUACCGGUAAGGAAAGAGAGAAGCCGUUCAUCUGCGAGAUCUGCGGCAAGAGCUUCACCAGCCGGCCCAACAUGAAGCGGCACCGGCGGACGCACACCGGCGAGAAGCCCUACCCCUGCAACGUGUGCGGCCAGCGCUUCCGUUUCUCCAACAUGCUGAAAGCCCACAGGGAAAAGUGCUUCCAGGGGGGCAAUCCUCUGACUCCGGGCAGCCCGGGCACGGCCGCCAGUCUCUCCGCCUCGUCCCAGAGCGGCAACUCGCCUGGCCAGACCAGCCCUGGUCUCUCCCCGACCCUCCAACAGCACUCGAUGGGUUUGCCGCUUCUCCACUCGCUCGCCCACAGCAUGGCUCCUCCCACUCACCACCUUCCCCCGCCCCCGCCACUGUUUCCUGCCGGACGGGUCAACACCAACAAUAACUAAAGGCCAAGUUAAGACUUCAAAGUGCCCCUCAGUACAACUGAUACGGUUGUCUAUGACUUUGCCUCCCUUCCCUUUAGAUCCCACCCCCACACGUAAAUGGGGGGGGUAUAAGGGAGGGAGAAACCAUCUUGUUGUCCUUUUAAUAGCACCUUGCACCAGUAGCCGCUCAGUAUACACCUAGCCGUGACGCCGUUGCUUGGCGAGACCGGAAAGGGCUACUAGUGAUUCGCUCCACGCGUGUGCGUUAUAGCGUCACGCCAAAUCCCGGCGAGAUUUCUCGGUUUCCAUUUCCUUCCUUUGUAACGAUUUAUUUGCACACAUUCCUAAUGCACCACCCCCCCCUGUUUUUUUUAAGGAAAAAAUUUAUAAUGUUAUUAUUUUGUAAUCUCGAGCGUUUUGGGGCUUUCGCGCUGGAGGUGGGGGGGGGGGGGCAUUUUGGAGACUUAAGUGACGUCCAGGGGAACGCUCUCAAAUGAUGGAUAUUUGUGCAAAGCGGCUGCCAGUCUCGGGCAGGGUAUGGUUGCUUAGCAACUGUGGUUGGUCUCCUCUGCUUGACCGGAUCCCCCUUCUGUCGGCAGAACAAGGAAUUCUCUCCGGCUGCCCCCCCCUCCCCGUUUGCUUUACUCGGGGCUCAAUACGCCCCUCGUCCUCCUCCUUCAUAUGUCCGUACAUUUCACCCCCGGGUUCUAGUUAGUCCAUGCCAACGUUCACCCCAGGGGGAUUGUUUUAUAUCACCGUAUCUCAAAGGGGUUGUUCACCUUUAGAGAGUCAUAUUCUGAGACAAUUUGCAAUUGGUCUUCGUUUUUUUAUUAGGCGUGGCCUCUGAAUUAUUUAACUUUUUGUUCGGCAGCUCUCGAAUUCUUUUGGAGCAGGUAUGCGGUUGCUAGGGUCCAAAUUACUAUAGCGACCAGGCUGUGGUAGGAGUGAGACAUGGGCAUAUGAAUAGGAAUGAGUUGGAAGAAGGCAAAUAAUUCAAAAAGUAUAAGUAUUAAAAAAAAUUAAAUAAACAAAGACCAAUUGAAAAGUUGCUAUUAAUCGCUCAUUCUAUAACGUAUUAAAGUUAAUUCAAAGGUGAACCACCCCUUUAAUGUGAUGAGUAGUGGUAAUUUGUAGAGGUAAAUGGGUCUCAGUUAUCCGCCUAAACUACUACUCCCAGCAGCCUCCGUUUAUUCAUUGGCAAUAAGGGGUUGGUAAAGUUUGUCUUUCAGCAAUAGGGUCCGAGGCUGGAGUUGGGGGGUCUAGCGGGGCCCAUAUUGUGACCAGCUCAGUGUUUCUGUCCCCCCCCUAUAAAUCUAUAUAUAACGUGUAUAUAGUCAGAUGUUGUCACGCCCCUUUUAUCCGGAUACUGUGUAUUGCAGCACUUUGCCGAAACCUUGUGGUUUUGUUCUAAAGCUUUUUAAUUAGGGAUUAUGUACCCCCUACUGGAAUAUAUAAGGAUAUUAAGUCACGAGGAGGAGCUCCAGGACUGUAUUAAGAUACACGAGGCCCUUGGACAGAUCCGAGGUAACUAGUAGGGGGUAGUUUCGCUUUAAAGGGAUAGAUCAUUCUCUCAAUGCAACCCAUUGAGCCAAGCUCUAGGUUCAACCAAUUGGCUUCUUAAGACCAGCCCCCCAUGAUCCCAAGGAGCUUGUUCAUUGGUCGCAGAGCUUGGCAACCCCCUGGUAAUGAACUAAUGAAUAAGGAUUUAGUUCCCAGAGCAGGAAGAUGGUCUUCUUGGUCUUGGUCUUGGUCUUGGUCUUGGGCUUGGUCUAGACAGUUGCAGAAGAUAUCUUAUAUUAUGGAUAGAUGUUCCAUAGAACCUUCAGAGGGGGACGUACACCGUCCAUCAGUGUUACAGCCUUUGAAGCACACUGAGGAUACUGGGAACUGUAGUCCAGCAUGAAACCGUUUUCUAGCCCCCUAAACGACAGUUUAUCAGCUCCUAUAGUGAUCUCCCUAUGUCAGAGUGGAGCAAGAUGGGGAUGGGGUUCUCUUCGUGCUCCAAUAUUAAAGGCUAGACUUCUAUUGAAGGUUUAUAUCCCCUUUAAAUGUUUCUCUGGUCAGAAUAUGAGCUUUAAUCCCAGUUAGAUACAUUGCUUUAUGUAUGGAAACGGCAGCAGGUUUCAACUUGUUGUGAACAUCUUUACUUCCCCUUUAAACAGUAAAAGGCUCCACGGAGCUAUAGUAUUGGGCGGUAGGGAUGUGUUUAUGUGUAUGGCUUUACCUUGGCACCACCGGACCGAACCAAUAUCAGCCCUGGGGGGAGUCCUGCUAUCUACCGGACCGUUGAACUUUUUAGAAUGGACUGUUCUUGGGUCGUUAAAUAUCCGCCAAAGUUUCCCCCCUCCCCCCCUUGUCUCCAGUGUAUAAAAGCUGAACUUUGCCUUUAAGUCCGCCGGCUACCAGGAGGAGCUUUUUUUGAUUUUAUUAAAAAAACUAGUCUGCUGAUUGGACACUGGGCGGCAUAAUGAAUGCAAAGCAUUCUGGGAGAAGGAGCGGAAGACGCUCUACAAAAUGUUCAGUAUUCGGCUUUCAACUUCUUCCCGUCUUUUCAUUUCCGUUUUUUUUUUUUUUAAUUUUCUUUCUUUUUGUAGAUAGAAAAGAAAAAUGGUCAAAAACACUAGACUCUGUCGGAAAAGGAAACAAAAUCGUCAAUAUCCCCCUUUUUUUCACUAUAUCGUAUGCUUUCCUAUACAGCUCCCCCCCCCCCCCCCGCUGUCUCACCGUAGUAUUGCCCGUUAACCGUUUUUCAUGUCUCUAGUGCUUUCAAGUGGAAAAAGGGGCGUGGUUAGAAGGGAUAGGAGAUCAUAAUAAACGUAGUCGUAGAAAAGGAAUAAAAAAAAAAAUACAACUUUUUUUAUUUAGCGAGGAAACGUCCGGAGCACAAUUUAGACGAAGAUGUGUGCGGCGAUUCCGAAUCGGGGGAAAAAAAUCUCAACCACUUGCCUAUUGCCAAUCUGACAAAUAAACAACAUGUUCUUUCCUUUUUAAAUAGUAAAAAAACAAAAAAAUUCUUUGAGAAAAUAAAAAAAAUACAUUUGAGCAA